GAUGGUGAGCAGCAGCAGCAGCAGCAGCACAUCUGAGUGUGUUUGUGUUUUAUUUUGAUCACUUUAUUACACUCUGGUCAUCACACAGCUUUGCCAUCUCACAUGCAAAUCCUUCACCGCGGAUCUCCACCGAAUCCGACGCAUUUCGUGUUAAUAUGUGAACGCGUUGUGGUUAUUUAUGUGUGAAUGUUACACAACACAGCCCUUAGCGGGAGCAUGGACGGACGCUACGCGGGCUCGGGCUUCACAGAGCGGCGGGCCGCAUCAGGCGAGACCGCGGAUUGGGCCUACAGCAACCCGAGCAGCUCCAGUUACGGUGCGACUCACAUAGAGACGGACCUUCCCCAACGGCAAUCCUACACCUCAAGUCAUACACUCACUACCUACACCACCUCUCAACACCCCACAGGUGUGUCUGGUGUCUUUGAUACUGGUGUGCACACCACAGGAAGCAGCAGUGCUGAAUCAUCAGUCGUGAAUUUCAUCUCUCCCAUUGAAUCCCGAGGCCAUCAGGCUGGACCUGGAGCCACAACUCUACUUCCCCAGUUCAGGACUUCACCAUGGCAGACUGGCACAAAUUCUUCCACAGAGCUCUUUCUUACUGGAGCUCUCCCUGCUUCUGGAACGUUUCCUACCCUAUCAGCUCUUUCUUCCUACCAGCAUUCCAGCACCUUUCCCACUCGGAGUUUUGCCACCACAUCACCAUUAUCUGUACAACACACUACGUUUAGCUCUUCAAAUGGCUUGCUUUCCAAUAAUGAGAGUCUACUUCAGAUCAAACCUUCUCAUACCACUGUGCCAACAGCUUUUGCCUUUGACCGCCUGGGCGGUGCUUCCCUCGGUUCUAGCCUUCCAAUACAGUCAUCUACAUAUCGUUCAGCCCAGGAGUCUGCGCCACAUCUCCUCCAGCCACAGUUCAGCCUUCUACCCUCUCCCUUAAGUAACUCGCAGCAGAUUAUGCCACCUUAUGGAGCCCCAGUUUUCUCCAGUUCCAUCGAACGAGCACUUCAGCGUGAAUGUAGUGUCAUCAAGCACCAUCAGCGGCCUUCUAACACCCAGCCAGUCCAGCAGCAGCUGUCUGUCAGUGUGCAACACUCUUUGCAAGAUUACCUACCUGACAAUGCUGAUGUCUCUUUCCAGGAUCCUUCUCGUCAUACACCGGUUUCCAACAGCCCUAACGGAAUUCCCAAUCAGUCCAUUAAUAGCACUGUUCAGCAAAAGACUCCCACAGUGCAGCUGCAGCAAACACAGACACAUUCCUCAUCUUUGCCCUCUUCAGGGUUUUCCUCCACGUGUGGAAUGAAAGCCAAGGAUGAGUCAAACAAAACAGCAGAUGAUCGUGGUGAGGACUCCGAGUUGCAUGAUCAGGAAGCCUCAUCACCCAUGCAACAGCAUAGGUAUGCUUCCACAGCCCAGAAUCAGAGUUCUGUGAUUGCUAGCCAGUCACAGCUGUACACGUCAGCACAGCUUUCCAGUUUGAUGUCUGUUAGCCCUUCACAGACACACAUUACAUCUCAAAGUCUCAUGAGCAACCUCAGUGAACCACAAGCCUUCUCUCCCAAUCAGCCAGAGAAACUACCUUCUAUAUACAAAACAUUGCCAUUGUUGGCUACACAUUCAGAAAAUCAGACAUCGGUUAGCCACUCUCUUAUGUAUGCUUCUGGCCAAAAGCACAUAAUGUCUUCAGCGUCAAACAGAGAGGAGUAUGAUGAGCAGGCACAAAGACUUUGCAUGGGCAGUGCUUCUCACAAUUAUUCUUCCAGUCACUCUCAGAAUUUGUCCACUGUCAGUUAUUAUGCCCAGGUACCAGAAUCUGUUAGUCCCUCUCAGAGUUAUGCAUCAGGUCAGUCUCUCACACCUAGUCCUCCUUUCACUUCCUCCUAUGGCCACAGCUUACCAUCCAGUAAUUCCAACCAAGAUUACACCCUAAUGCAGCCUUCUCCAAGCAAGUCAGAUGGCAUGCUGCUGCAUCAGACUCAGAAAUACUUGCUGUCUGACCAGUCAUCAUCCUCCACACCCACUUAUACACAAGCCAUCCAGAUCAACCUGUCCUCGGUAGAACAAAACCCAGGCUAUGACAAAAAGAAGGAAGAGGAGAGUUUGUUCCUUACAUCCAAAGAAAACUGUGGAGAGCUUUCUAUUCAUGAUAUGCAGCGAUUACAGCAGGCUUCAAUAAGUAGUUCUAUCCAGAGUUCUGUCAGUAACAGUGUUGUUGGGGUACAGAGCAAUGUAGUAUAUGUUGUUUCAAAAUUGGAAGACAGACAAGCACAUAGUGUGAUCCGAAGCAACUCUCGAUCCGAAGAUCAGUUAAUAGGUCUUGCACCAACGUCAUCCACAAAGGAUGAGCGAAUGAGUACUUUAAUUGGGCAGUUGGUAAGCCCUGCCCAUUCUUAUGUAACCUCUGGCACAAAAAACAACUCUUUAUUAGUGCAGUCCUCCCAUGUAGCCUUGAGCACUGACCAACUAAAAGAACACCCUGUGCUUCUCAAAGUUCCUACUGCUCAACAAGUGGACCAGCAAACUCAGAGUAACCACAGAGAUCAGAGGCAGUUGUCAAAGGAACAGGCACAGUUUGUUCAACUACCCAGUGCCCAAGUCCUUCUGGAGCCCUCACAGAUGAUCCUUGUUCAAAAACCUUUGCUCCAGACAUUGUCAAAUCAGUCUAAGCCAGUCCAAAUGCAGCCUAUUUCAGUUCAGUUCCUGCAAAUGAAUAAUGAAAUCCUGAAUUCUACAGUCAGUACGGUUGAGAUCCCACAGAUAACCCACCAAGCUGUGGAGUCCAUGAAGCAACAGCUGGUCCAAAAAGACAUUUUCAACAGUGUAACAAAUCAGCACGAUUCUAAGCAGCACUUUACCUUAAGUUCCAUCUGCUUCCCUGAUUCCAUGCUAAUGACAGAUGAGAGGAACAUUCUGUCCAACGUGGAUGACAUACUAGCUGCCACAGCAGCUGCCUGUGGAGUCACACCUCAGGACUUUAAAACCUCGUCUUCUGAAGUGGACUUGGCAUCGAUAUCCAGUCCUUCAGACUCUAAGUGCCGCUACGAAGUUAAUAACAAGCACGAAGCUAAUAAUUUCUCUUCACAGCAUUUGAUCUCAAGCACGCAGACCAUUACAUCAUCUGUAAAUGGUGUACAGUUGACAACAGACAUUCACAAAGAAGCUGAAGGACACCAAUCAUUCACACCACCAAACUCUCACACACAACAAAAUAACUCUCAGCAUGAAAUAUCUGAGAAGGUGACAAAUAAUCACAAGAAAAACGAAGUAUCACCCAAGGGCCUUACUAGCAAUGGUUCAUAUGUAAAUUCUAAUGGAGGUACUAUGAACACAUUUUCCAACAACCACACUGAUUUUCACCUUACCUCACAGGAAUAUAAUCCCACUGGGUUCGAAAAAACAGACAUAUCAAAAAAUAAGAUUCAACCUAAAGUAACGAAGAGUGUUAAAAUGGAGGAAACGUUUGCAGAAUGCUCCUCUGAUAGUCUUUCUAAAAAGCGAGUCAGGUCAAAAGGUUCUUCCAAGCAAGCUAUCGAAGAUGCAAAUGGUCAGCCGAAACCUCAAAAAAGAAGUGGCCAAGUAAAGCGACAGAACUCCAAAGGAAGUGAGACAAGUUCAUCCUCAACCUCUGAGGGCUGUAUUGAUGGCUACCAGCAACAGGAAAGAAUACGGCAAAAAAUAAAAGAGGUCGAAGAGAAACAGCCAGAAGUUAAAACUGGGUUCAUUGGAUCUUUCCUGGACUUUCUUAAAUCUGGGCCUAAACAACAAUUCUCCUCACCACCCAUACGGCCACCCAACCGCGCAAGAAAGUCUUCAGUUCCCAAAAGACCUUUUAACCAAUUGUCAAUGCCCCCUACACCCAUACCCUCAUCAACUUCAAUGGUUUCACCAGAUAUCAACACUGUUAGCUCUUCUAAGAGACUGGACGAGGACCUUCAGAAGAAUUUGGAGACACUCCCAUCUUUCUCCUCAGAUGAGGAUGAAUCAGUUGGUAAAAACCAAGACCUUCAAAAGAGCAUCAGUUCUGCACUCUCCUCUCUAGACGAGCCUUUAGACAAGCAACAGUCAGUCAGCAAAGGUUCAGGUGAAAGCACAAGUCAAGAGCAGUCUGCGAAUACAAAGCUAGUCAGCACACAGUCUGAAGAUACAAAGCUUAAGGAGCAGCAAAACCCUGGUCUUGAAGUGCCAGUGGAGGAUCUGGUGAAGAACAUACCUCUUGGCCAACUUGCGGUAUCCCUAAACACAGUAGCUAUUGAAGGCCUCACUGAUGAGGAACUGUCAGACAGUGGCGAGGAGGGCAUGUACCGUGAACGUGACGAGUUUGUGGUGAAAAACGAGGACAUAGAAAGCUUGCAGGUCACCCUGAAGGCAGGAGUAGAACCUCCAGCCAUUUGGAAGGUACAAAAGGCCUUGCUGCAGAAAUUCAUACCCGAGCUAAGAGAUGGAAAACGAGUGUUUUCAGCUACCAACAGUUAUCUGGGUUACUUUGGAGAUGCUAAGACCAUGUAUCGGAGAGUAUACGUUAAGUUUCUGGACACUGUGAACAAGCGGGAGUAUGUGCGAGUCUGCAACAGAAAACCAAGGUGCAAGCCCAUGCAUUCCAUGAGAGGCUCUCAGAAAGCUCUGCUUGUCCAGAGAGCUGCAGCAUCAGCCAUUUCUGACUCCUCUGUUCUGAAAUCCAGCACAAAACAAAGCCUGUCCAAACCCAGGCCAAAGCAGCCAAAAGCCAAGGCUGAACCACCACCGAAAAAGAGGAAAAAAUGGAAGGAAGAGUUCACAGAAUCUGCACAGUUGGCUUCUUCAGAAGCUGUAGGUGAAGAUGAUGAAUUUAUACCGCCAGUCCCGUUUACUUCUCGCUUCCUCAACACCAGGACAAUGAAGGAGACCUUCAAGAGUUUUGUGGAGCUGCUGAUCAGCGUUGCUCUGGACGCAGACGUCAUGAUCACAUUGGAGAGAGAGAACGAUGAACUUCUGCUGCCUCAUAUGAAGAAAGUAGACGGUAUGAUCACAGACAACAGAAGGAGGCUGCUGCCCAAACUGCGAGUGGGUCAGGUGUUUAAAAACGCUUUAGACAUCUUUCCUGAGUUGUCAGUGGUGACUGAGCUGAAAACAGACGGAGAGACUCCCACUUUUAAAGUCAGACUGAGUGGGAAGGCGUAUAACAGGAAGACCAUGAAACCAGCCAAAUCUCCUAUUAAACUUCCCUUGGAGUACACAGUGGAGCAGCAGAAAACACAUUGGUUUUCUCUCUAUCAUUCGCUGCAGCACUACAAGUACCACACAUAUCUGAUGUGUAUGGAUGAGAUUACACUGUUGCGCUCACGUGGCAUGGAUGUGGGACAGGAGGAGACUGUUCAGACCUGCAUAGGAAACCGAGCGUGGGUGGAGGGACUCUUUGACCGUUUCGGAGAGCUUCUCACACAGGUCCAGCAGGCCUGCCUUUAACCAGACAGUAGAGCAGUAGAACAUCAAGUGGAUGCAGUUCAUAGGUCCUUUUUAAAGCACUAACUGACAAGAUGGAGAUAGUAAAGCAGCAGAAGAUGAAGAAGCACCAGAAACCUGAGAAUCAUGUCUAAAGCCUGAGAAGAUGAUUAUUCAUGAGGAGAGACACUAAAAGCUAGAGAAACAUCCCGAAAUAGGAAAACUGUAAACUAUGUAAAGACAUGAAAAGAUCUAGAAAAUGGAGAUCCUCAAAGGAUGAAAUAACACUGAGAGGACGAGGAACCAUGUGUAUAAACGUUAGAAUAUGGAACAUUCGAAUGAGAAGCAUUAAACAAGAACAUUUCACACCAUUUGAAAAUGAAAAGAAAAAAUGUGAAAAAAUGCCAGACCACAAUGAGAGUACUAUAAGAUUAUUGAGAAUGGUGAAACGAUUAUGAAGCAGAUAAGAAGAUUUAAUAGAAAUAUUAUACAAAAAAAAUACAGCAGCUGAUUGUCUGUCUGUUCUUGGAACCACCGAUACAAGGGAUUUUAGUCAGGUUUUUUUUUUUAUGAUUUGUUUUUGUGUUUUUUUGUUUUUGUGGUUUUUUUAAAUCACAUUUUAAGCUUUUUAUUAUUAUCUAAUCAGCCAGACUGAACAAACAUGACAAGUCUUGGUUAUGAAUGUGUGGAACAGGUCGAUUUACCUUGAGAUUUAGCAACACUAAUUUUAAAUAAGAACAACAUUUUGAGAUUGGAGAAAGAGGGUUUGCUAACGGUUGUAUAAAUAUAUAAAUACAUAGAUAUAUAUGUAAAAAAUUUUCUAUAUGAUAUUGUACAUUUUGUAAAAAGAGCUCUUUGGAUGGAUUUGACUCUUUUUAAACUCCUUUAAUAUGACAAAGGUUAUAAAGAUGGAGUUGGUGCAAUUCUUAUACUUCUUUUGUGAUGAUGUAAUAAACAGCAUUGGAACUAUUUUCUUGCAGGAACUAUAUUUGAUAGUCUCUCAAAACCCUUUAUCUUAAACAUAAAUGUAUUUUUUCCACAAAGGAAAUAUUACUUUCCUGAUCGACUUUGCGGUACACUCUGUUUUAUAUAUAUAAAAAAAAAAGCUUCCCAGUGUGUUUCUAUGGCAAAUUUCUAUCCUUGAAUUAAGUGUAUCUUAAGAUCACUUCUUUACUGUAGAAAAUUACAUUUGCUGCAGUUUUGCACAGAUUUGAUGCUUUGGCUUUUCAAGUGUAGCUGUGAUACAACCUUCGAGGAUUUUUUUUUUUUGAUAUGCGAAAAAAUAAAUUUCCUACCAUUGAAUCAA